AUGCAGAUCUUCGUCAAGACUCUGACCGGCAAGACUAUCACCCUUGAGGUGGAGUCCAGCGACACCAUCGACAAUGUCAAGACUAAAAUUCAGGACAAGGAGGGUAUCCCUCCCGACCAACAGCGUCUGAUCUUCGCUGGAAAGCAGCUUGAAGACGGCCGCACCUUGUCCGACUACAACAUCCAGAAGGAGUCUACCCUUCACCUGGUCCUCCGCCUGCGUGGUGGUAUGCAGAUCUUUGUUAAGACCCUCACCGGCAAGACCAUCACCCUUGAGGUCGAGUCUUCCGAUACCAUCGACAACGUCAAGAACAAGAUCCAGGACAAGGAGGGCAUCCCUCCCGACCAGCAGCGUCUGAUCUUCGCUGGAAAGCAGCUUGAAGAUGGCCGCACCUUGUCCGACUACAACAUCCAGAAGGAGUCUACCCUCCACCUGGUCCUGCGUCUGCGUGGUGGUAUGCAGAUCUUUGUUAAGACUCUCACGGGAAAGACCAUCACCUUGGAAGUUGAAUCAUCCGACACGAUCGACAACGUCAAGAGCAAGAUUCAGGAUAAGGAGGGUAUCCCUCCCGAUCAACAGCGACUUAUCUUCGCCGGUAAGCAGUUGGAGGAUGGCAGGACCCUCUCCGAUUACAACAUCCAGAAAGAAUCCACGCUCCACCUUGUCCUUCGUCUCCGUGGUGGUAUGCAGAUCUUCGUCAAGACACUCACAGGAAAGACCAUCACCUUGGAAGUGGAGUCGUCCGACACAAUCGACAACGUCAAGAACAAGAUCCAGGAUAAGGAGGGCAUCCCCCCGGAUCAGCAGCGUCUUAUCUUCGCGGGUAAGCAGCUGGAGGACGGCAGGACCCUCUCCGACUACAACAUCCAGAAGGAGAGCACGCUGCACCUGGUGCUCCGCCUGCGUGGUGGAAACUGAUGUCUUUGCUUGAUUGUUUUUCGCACGGCUCAUCUACGGUUGAGUGGCCUGCAUGGCGUUGGUCGGUUUAUGAUACGGGUUCAAUUGGGCAUACCUUAGUGUCACCAUCUUAUAUGGUGCCUUGCGAC